CAUUACGAGUGACCUGCGCAUUGCCCACGCGCCUCUCAGUUCCACAACUUAUUUCUAGACUUGCGGACAUUACUACAAAAAUAUUGCUCCAGUGCCUAAGUGAUUACAAGUGCCGGAAUUGAUUAGGAAGUGAAAAUGGAGGUGCUAAAUAGGCUAGUGGCAGGCUACCAUGACCUGAUGGACAACAAGAGUGACCCCAGGGUGAAGGAUUGGCUGCUGAUGUCCUCCCCGUUCCCCACCCUGGCGAUCUGCCUCACAUACGUGUUCACGGUCAAAGUACUGGGGCCAAAGCUAAUGGAAAAUAGGAAACCUUUUGAGCUGAAGAAUACACUCAUAUGGUACAAUUUGUUUCAAGUGAUAUUUAGCUGCUGGCUUUUCUACGAGAGCGUAGCAAAUGGCUGGUUCACAUCAUACAGUUUUCGGUGUCAACCUGUGGACUACUCAAGGUCUCCCACCGCAAUGAGGAUGGCCAGCGGAUGUUGGUGGUAUUACUUCUCGAAGUUCACAGAGUUCUUCGACACAAUCUUCUUCGUGAUGCGUAAGAAGUUCGACCACGUGUCGAAGCUGCAUGUGAUCCACCACGGCAUCAUGCCCAUGUCGGUCUGGUUCGGAGUCAAGUUCACUCCAGGCGGUCACUCGACUUUCUUCGGGAUGCUGAACACAUUCGUGCACAUCGUCAUGUACUCGUACUACCUCUUGGCGGCCCUCGGUCCUCAGGUGCAGAAGUAUCUGUGGUGGAAGAAAUACCUCACCGCCCUGCAGAUGGUCCAAUUCGUGAUGGUGUUCAUCCACGCCUUCCAGUUAUUGUUCAUCGACUGCGACUACCCGCGCGCCUUCGUCUGGUGGAUCGGAAUGCACGCAGUUCUAUUCUACUAUCUCUUCUCCGACUUCUACAAGCAGGCCUACAAGAAGAAGUCCAACAAUGCCAAAGCCAAGGUCAAGGUGGAGAUCGAAUCAUCGAAAUCAGAACCAAAAGAGAUGAAGCUGCCAUUAUUGAAUGGUUUUGCCAAUGGUUCAGCGCUCAGUGACGUCCGGCAAAGGAUGGCCGGAGCGGUCGCGUCGCAGUGACCCGACCUCUGGAUUAGUGAACUUAGCAUAUCAUAGACUUGACUGGUGACCCUGAGUGCUGGGAACAAUAUUCGAAUCCGAUGAACGUGGCUCUAAAGAUGGUGACUGAUGGAGUUGGAAAAUAAUUUUUAGAGAAACUUAUGAGUUCUAUUAUAGUCAAAAUAAUACACUAAAAGUGAUCCGUGAGUAAGUCCCUAUUUCUCCGAAAACUAUGUAAGUGUGAGCUUUCGAGUCUUGGUGAUAGUACCUACACUUCAUAGGUGCAUACGUCGACAUUCGCGGUAUAAGCUGUGGAGGAGAAUAGUUUUAUUUGAUUAUAAAUUCUAUUUUACUACAAAUCAAGAGUACAAAGAAACCUCAAAUGUUUGUCCCUCCCUUGUAAGAAAACAAACUGGACUUUUACGAAACGUUAUUAUAAUCCAUCUCAAUGAUAUUUUAGGAUAUCUAAUGCGAUAGAACCUUUUGAUUAAGCAGGUUACCACAGUUUGUUUUCGACGAAAUAACGCUCAAUUAAUUUAAGUUAUUGCUAUAGUGUAGUUAUUUGGAUAGGUUAGUAUUGGUAAUUUAUUAAAAUUGAUAAUCCAGUAAGUUAUCGAAUACGACUUGUAUGGUAUUAUUUAUUUCGACGGCUAUGGACGAUCAGAGCUUCCAUGUUGUCGUAUUUUUAUAUUUUUGUUACUUAAGUAGAUAUUAAAUUAGUAUAAAGUUUUUGUAUUAGAAAUUUAUGACAAUGAACAUUUAGGUUUGUUUUCAUUUUGGCGAUAUUAUGCCCGUCAUAAAAUAUUAAGUAGAAGAUACUAAAAUGUGAUUUUUAAUAUGAAUUGCUGAUAUUACAUGAUUUUUACUAAACAUUUGCUUAUGUUUCUAUUAAAUAGAAGUUUAAAAUCACAUAACCAUUUUGUAAACUACUAAAUAUUGUAUUUAUACAAAAUAAGUAUAUUAUUACGCCAAAUGACAGUCCGUUUGAUUAGAGAGUCAAAAUCCGUUAGAUUCUUGUGUUUGUAUAAACAUUAGAUAGGCAGAUUUUUAAAGUCGACAUAGAUUCAAUAACGUUUUGAUCCAGCUAUGGCUAUGGUGACCUAAUAAAAUUUGCGUGUUUAUCUAAAGUUUUAUCUGAAAACAAUACAUAUCUCUAGUAUUGACGAACACUCUAUAUUUACUUAGUUUACUUAUUGAUAAGGUUAUAGACGGGCCAGUAAAAUUAAUCUAAAAUCUACAGUAGGAAUUAUGGACCUACUUCUGUAUAAUUGUAAAUAUAUGCAUAAAAUUUAUGGCACAUUCAUUGGUAAAAUGUCCGUAACAAAUUGUGAUAUUUGUCUAAUAAAAAAUACCAUUUA